AUGCUGUUGGAGGUCGCUUCCCCAAGGUUAAUAUCACCAGUCAAUUUGUCAGCUUUUCUGUUAGGAAAUGAAUAUUAUUGUUGUGGCUGUAAAGACGGAUGGACACAAUUUGGAAAUAAGUGUUACUUCUUUAGUAAACAAGUUGAAUCAUGGAUUGAUGCAAUUUCCUUAUGUCGUGUUUUUGAUUCGAAAUUAGCCGAGCCUUUGACCUCAGAGGAAUCACAUUAUUUGAUAAGUCACAGUCAGCAUGUUGGAGGAACUUUUUGGAUUGGCAUAUCGGACGUAAUCAUCGAAGACAGAUGGAUAUACACAACCGAUCAAAAACCGAUUACAGUUAAUAAUUUCCAACCAGGACAACCUAAUGGACAUACUUCCCAAAACUGUGUGGCAUUGUACAGUUCUUUUCAUGGACACUGGGCAGAUGAGAGUUGUCUUACCAGAUAUCCGUUUAUUUGCGAGACAGAUGCUGAGUAA